UUCCAUAAAGCUGCUGGAAAAGGAAAGUUGAGAGUCUCAUAUGAGAAGUACAUGAGGCCUGAUCUCAGUGGUCCUGCAGCAAUAAAACCUUUAGAUAGGCUUCCUCUUUGAUUUGACUUGUGUGGAUAGCUUCUCUCUGUAAUUAGAUCGUCAAAACCUAAUGACGCCGGAAAAUAUAAAGAGAUGGAAAUUGAUGGCAAACCAAAAAAACUAAGCUGGAGGGAUUUGGAAGUCUUAACCGACUCCUUUAGCAAAGAAAACUUCAUUGUAAAUGUUCAAUUUGGCAAACUCUACCGUGGAAAAACCCCAGAUGCUCAAGAGCUUACUGUCAAAAUUAGGUGGCUUCCUCCUGACGAAGUAUGUACCAUCGUACUUUGUGACGAUGCUAUUGUUGACAGAUUGGAGCGUGAGCUCUCUGUUUUGACAAAUCCGGACCUCGGAAAUCACCCCAAUUUGGUGAAGUUGAUAGGGUAUUGCUGUGAAGAUCAAGGUUCCCAUUAUGGUGUUGUCUAUGAUGUUAGAUCAAAGGAUUCUCUUCUCAACCUUAUCGAAAAAGAUGAUUUUACUUGGACCCAGAGAAUGCAGGCGGCUCUUGGAGUUGCUCGUGUGCUUGAGCAUUUGCAUGAACGGAAUUACCUGGUUUGCAAUGUUCACCCUGCUCAUGUCAUUCUUGAUCAGGAUUCCAAUCCAGUGUUACUUGACUUUAGUCUGCGACCUGAUCGUACUAUUGCAAAACGGUAUCCAAACUAUCCAUGCACAGUAUAUUACGGUUAUGAUGGCUAUAUUGAUCCACUUUUUGUUCACAAUGGCAUUGCAUCUCUUAGUUGUGCUAAUGUUCGUGUUACUCAUGGUCACUGUAAUUUUUGGGUCAAUGCUUGCAAUGUUAACAAUUCUGUGUUUACUGUAGUGGAGUUGCUUGGAUGCAAGAGUCUUUUGGAAUUGCAGUUUUACUUCAGUUUUUGGGUGAAGAGAGCCGAUGUCUUUUCAUUUGGUAUUGUACUUUUAGAGCUCAUUACUAAAUUUGUCUUUGAUCAAUCCAAGUGCGAUGCUGCUCGUGAAUUUCCUGCAGGAUGGGCACAGAGACAGUACAGGCAGAAGUUGAAUUCUAGCUCACAACCAGUUGGCUGUUUACUUGUUCAUAAGAGCUUCGACAGUGCACCAGAUUUUGAUGUUUGUGAUGGAGUGGCAAUUACAAAGCUGGCAGUGCACUGUGUGGACUUAGAUGAAAGGAAACGCCCUACAAUGACACAAAUUGUUAAUUAUCUGCAGGGUAUAAUAGAUGAAUGGGACACACAAUCUACAGAAGAAACUGCUGGGAAGAAAAAAAACAGUAAUGCAGAGAAUGAAAGGAAAUCUCUUUUGCCGUUGUUUGAUCACGAAGACUAA